UAUAUAUAUAUAUAUAUAUAUAUAUAUAUAUAUAUUCUUUUUCGAGACGUAUCUCGUCUUUAUGGAUAAUUGUUGGGCUUGACGAGAUGCAAAUGAAUUUUUUCUGACUUUAUGGAAAUUUUAUUCGCGUUAUCGUGCCAAGUUUAAAAGGUCAAUUCUGCGAGAAUGCGAAACUCUGUUAUUGACGUUUCAUGCUAUAUAGUUUAUUGACUUAAUCUGCUUUUUAAUGCGCGUACAAUUAUAAUUUUAAAUCUAUUCUUACGUGCUAAUAUCUAGAGUUUGUAUCCCGCUUGUUUAAGACGCUAUAUUUUAAAGCGGGAUAUUUUCUUCUUAUUAAGUUAUCAGUGAAGUCGGCUGAAAAGAGAAUUUUAUCUGUUUUUAUCCCCGAUAAUUAAUAGUGGAUAUAACUAGCCCGUGUGUAGAACACAUUGCGUAUAAACCAAUAAGGAAGAAAAAACUAAUCUAUUUUAAUAUCACAUACACGAAUUAUAGUAUUCGAAUGGCGUAUUACUAAUUAUUAUUAAUAAUACGAUAUUCGUAUCCUCAAACAAUACAUUAUUGAACGAUUUGUAUUUGAUAAUAACGAUUCGUCUUGAAUCAUAAGUCAUAUUUGCAAUGUGAAAAUGAAAAAAAGACUGACGUUAUUUUGAAUUCACAUUACACACUUUCCACGGUGUGUUCUACUUACGGGUUGACGUAUUGGAUGCUGAUACGUGUAGCAGGGAGAAGUACUACGCGAGUUGAUAUUAUCCAGAUAAUUUAUGUCGCAAUAUAAUUUAAAUAUUUUUAUAUUCUUUUACAUUUCCGCAAGUUCUGAGCGAUAUUAGAGUUUUGGCUGCUGACGGGAAACAAUACGCAAGUCGUGACGCACUGUCGUUAUGUUACGUUCGUAGCGUGACGCUAUAGAAUGGAGAUUGAAUAAUCACGAAUGCGUUUGUAUGUGCAAUUUAUUCAGAUCGUAAACAUAAUACAAUAUCGUCUCUAUCGUCAUGAGGUAACGUCUCCACUACAAACGAUUGACAAAAUAUUAAGAGAACGUUGAAUUGUAAUUUCUGCUCAUUAUAAUUUCGAUAAUUUCGUCACGAACUUCGCCCCAAAAAAAUAUUCCAAAACGAAAGGGAAAAAAUAUUCUGUUUAGAAUCAUGUUUUUGUCAUAAAAUUGAAGCUGUGUAUGCAUAAGUAUUUUAUAAAUUUUGAACAUUCCUUCAUAAAAAAGCGUGAUGUCGCGCAAGAAAAAUUUAAUUGUGAUGCGUGUUAAUUUAAAGUUUAGACAGAAUUAUGAAACAGGUUACGAUUAGCAUCUAAACUUUUGUUAACACGGUAAUUGACGAAUCUCUACGUCGAUUUGAUUAGUUAUAAAGCGAUAUAUUCAUAGUUUAAAACAUGAGACGUAAGAUUAUGUGUUAUAUCGAUAAUUUUACGAUUUGUUUAGAAUAAAUUUUAACACGGGAAUCGUCGAGUGAGAUGCGUACUUGAAUAUAGAACACAAGUUUUAUUCUCUUUUUGCAAAUUCUGCUUACGAGCGGCAUGAGAUAAUUAUUACAUCAUUCUGUGUAAAAGGCGAAUGAGAUAAAUUUGAGUUGGCAGAGACUAUAUCUAAUAUUAUCUGCGAAUAAAAUUCGUUAAAAUUAUUAGAUUGGCGCGGAAGAGCUCCAUUGUGUUAAAACUGUGCAAAAUCGCGAUUAGAGAUUUUCAUUAAUAUAGAUAUUUAAAUUUAGAUUUUUAUGCACUUUUUGAAAAAAAAAAUUUGGUUAAUCUCUCCUAAAAUAGUUCAAAUUUUCUUCACAUAAGCCUUAAUAUAUAAUAAAAUAACAAAUUCCUUGGCGCCAAUCCAGUAAUUUAAUCAUUCAGAUAAACUCAUUCUCACUUGUGAAUGCUUGUGAGUCACACAAGAGCAGCUGGGAAUAAAACUUUCGAGAUACUUAUAUUUCCGCAAGUAAAAAUUAUCAGCCGCGAAGUGCUAGUUCUACAUAUGUCGGAUCACACAAACAAUUGGCAUUACAUAUAUCUUUAAGAAUAUGGCCUAUAUAUCUUGCAUAAUUUUACAAGGUUAGCGUAAGAGAUUGUUUCGUUUUAUAUUAUGAUAAAGCAGCAGUGUGGACUUUUUACACACCUUAUAAAGACAGUAAAUUAUAUAUAUAUAUACAUAUAUAUAUUCACUGAAAGAUUACAAUAUAAGAGAUGACGAUAAAACACCUGAAUAGGUAGUCAAUACCUGUAACAUAAGAGAUAUUAGAUAGGCGUUAACAGGCAUUAUGAUUGUUAUAUUUUAUAACAACUUUUAAGGGGCGGGGAGAAAGAAAAGAGUUCAUCGUAGGCUUUAUCCCUAGACUUUCGUAGAGCGGUGUUUGCGCAUAUGCAUUAAUUAUUAUACAUAUUGUACUUAAGAAUUCACUUACGUGAACGUUAAUCUCUAAGUCAGGCGUAUCGAUCAAUAUCUCCUGCUCAUGGGAAAAUGCAUUUAUUAUAUAUAUAUAUGUGUAUAUAUAUAUAUAUAUAUAUAUAUAUAUAUAUAUAUAUAUAUAUAUAUGCAGCGUCGCAUUUUAAUCUGUCUUGUGUGACAUGCGAUGUAAGAUCGGGAGUACACGUCAGGAACAAACGUUGUUAUCGUAAUCUCUCGUACUCUUGCCGUGCGCGCUGAUCUUACGCUUUCGUACGUUUGUGGUUGAAAAAAAAAGCAGGAUAUAAAUUAUUUAAAUAUACAUAUACAUAAGAAUAAUGUUCGUAAUAAUAUUUAACAUUUAUAUUGACUCACGUAAUUGUACACAGAUUCGACUUUAUAUCUCAUUCGGCAGCCUUGAAGCUUUCGGAACUGGCUUAGGAUAAUCGAACGAAGUGUCGCGGUUGAAAACCGCGAAACGCGAACGGUAUGCGCACAUGGAAUCGCAGCAGGUUGUGUACUUAUAGUGCCAGGUGGAAGUUCCGAUUUAUAUGUUAAUCCUUAUCCUCAUAGCGAAAGAAUAUAAGAUGUAUAACAAACGGUGGCAAUGCGACUCGCAUUUCUCUUAUGAGGCUACAGUAAUGCGAAGCGAAGAAGUAGGAUCGUAAAGGGAACACGUGAAACAUUAACACAGACACGGAAGGAGACGCGGUGGUAGUUGUAACGCUAGUUUUCCGCAGAUCCGCGCGAGUUUUAUAUAAGAAACGAUCUUUACGUAGAGGAGAAACUCUGUAACGAUCCAAGAACGCAAAAUAAACGACGACUCGUUUUGAGACGUUCCUCGUGUGUGUCUCUCUCUCUCCCUCUUUUUCUGAAUACUAUCCGCAAAUUCUGCCGUAUUAUUAUCGCUCUACCCCGGCGAUGGCUUUUCUUGCGGAAAAUGACAUUAGUGUCACGAAGGUGGACCGGAGAGAUGGUCACAGAAAAGAAGAGAAAAAAAUGCGAAGACUGCUCUCUAUUUCCGCCGUUGUCGUCGUCGUCGUCGUUGUCGUCAUCAGCGGAGUUGUCAUGACCGACGUAGGAGCGUCAUCGCGUCGUUUCGUUCUCUUUAAUCCUAACAGAACCUCUGCCGGAAAUAAUGGGUGUCCUCUCGCGCGUAUCCUGUCGCUGUCCCGCGGCUGUCAGGCAGCCUCCGAAUUGUUAACCAGACGGUUGCGGCGCAGCAGCAGCCACCGCGAACGUUGGCGUAUUAUUCAGCUAGAAACGCGACCGGGCACCUCGGGAGAAUGAAGCGCGUUCCCUUCAGCGGAUAGUGGCCACGUUACAGCAUCAUCAUCACUGUCCUUUCGCAAGAUGUUGGCGCGCGGCACCUUCCGCGCGUUGUGCUCCGCGAUAUUCCUUUUGAAUCUCAACCUGGCAGAAUGGGUAGACAUGCCGCAGUUCUCGGACGACAGCAAGAUUUACAGGAUACCUUCCCUGCAACAGGAUCAGUUCUAUAAAUUCCGACGAGGCCACGCGGAUAACCACGGCUUCCCGGACAAUCCGCGAAACGACAGUAGAGUCUCGUCUCGUCGUCCCGUCGUCAAAGCCGUGCACGCGACGGACGACAGGAUCAUCCCGGAGAUGAAGCGAAUAUAUCCCGUUGCGGAGUCGACCACGACGUCUUACCUGUUUCCUGUACAGAUCGCAGACAUUUACUCGGACACGGCUGAGGAGAAUCGCGAGCCGACGAGCACCAGCGAUAUCGCGAACAAGAAUACGUUAUCGAAUAGACAUCAUGCGAUCUCAACAACACGAGAUACAACGGCGUACAAUGCGCUCACGACUACUCAGCCGUCGCCCUCGAGCACCACCCACGCAUCGGAAACGGCGCAGGACGAGUUUUAUAAUCGCACGCUGAAGCAGGAGGAUGGUAUAUUGCAAUACCUGCCCGUAGACAUACUUAAGAGCGUCCAUCGCACUCUACAGUCGCAGCCGGUGUCGCUCGAAGGGAAGAUCCACUUUCUCAAGACGUUUGAGAAGACUCUCAUGUCGGAGAUAGAAUCGCGCCUCGCCACGACCAUGACGCCGAGACGAAGGACAAGGGGUGCACAUUAUCACGGUUACGACGACGGUCACGAGGAUCAUUCCGUGGGAUUCCCGUCGAUAGAAGGCGCGCUCAUGGCUAUAUCGUUCCUCACGUUCGCGGUUUAUCUCGUGCGACUGGUAAUGCUUCUCUUCCGAAAUAUAACCAGUCCGAUGACCACCACAACCGCGUCUACGCUAUUCCUCGGUAGAAGAAAGAGAUCCACGUCGGAUUUCGACGAUGACACCGCCAGAAUACUCGGCAAUUUAAACAGUUUUGUCUCUAACUUUUAAGUAUUUUUAGCGAAACAUCAAUAUCGAUAUCGUGAU